UUCUGUUUUUUUUUUUUUUUACCCCCUUUUCCCCCCAAAUCCCGCACCCUUCGCGCGAAUAGAGAACUAGGGCUAGGGGAUUUGAUCUCUAUCACACUGCGAGGAAAGGGCGAAUUAGGGUUUUCGAUCUCAUCAUUUGAUUCGUUGCCGAAGCUUUCAAGGGUGGAUUCCGCGACGAAUCUCUUUGAAAGGAGGUGCUUAGCAUUUCAGACCAAUGGGCGAGUGGGUUAUUGGAGCAGGGAUCAACAUAAUUGGGAGCAUUACCAUAAAUUUUGGGACUAACCUUCUAAAAUUGGGCCAUGAUCAGCGAGAGAGUCAUUCCAUUCCCUGCAAUGUUGAAGAUGAUGGCAAAAUUAUCUGCAAACCAAUUGUAUAUUUUCGGACAUGGAGAAUUGGUAUUCUACUUUUUGCCCUGGGAAACUGUCUUAACUUCGUCUCAUUCGCAUUUGCAGCACAGUCACUUCUUGCAGCUCUGGGAUCGAUUCAGUUUGUAUCUAAUCUUAUUUUUGCUUACUUUGUGUUUCACAAGAACAUAUUAACAAGGGUUUUGUUAGGCACAGCUUUUAUUGUCUUCGGCAACAUUUUCUUGGUUUCAUUUGGCAAUCACCAAUCACCAGUUUACACAUCUGAGCUAUUGAUCGCAAAUUACAGCAAUUCAGUCUUUCUUCUUUAUUGCCUGUCUCUGGCGUUGGUUGUUGCUCUGAAUCAAUAUAUCUAUAGUUUCAGGAAAGUAAAAGCUAAUCUCUUAGCUUUUGGGCAUGAUUUUAGUGCCUAUAGGCAUGCUUUCCUCCCAUUUUCUUAUGCCGUUGUUUCUGGUGCUAUUGGAUCUUGGUCAGUGUUGUUUGGGAAAUCAUUGUCCAACAUGCUAAGAUUGACAGUUGGAAGCAAUUAUAAGCUGGAUAGCUGGUUUACAUACUUGAUGCUUUUACUACUCUUUUGCACGGGAGGGUUUUGGAUGGCAAGAUUGAAUGAGGGGUUGUCCCAGUUUGAUGCAAUAUUCAUCGUUCCAAUGUUUCAGCUUGUAUGGACCUUCUUUUCAGUUUGUACAGGAUUUGUAUACUUCCAGGAAUAUCAGGCUUUUGAUGCAAUUAAACUAACAAUGUUUCUACUGGGUUUGGCAUUUGUAUCAAUUGGCAUUUUGUUGUUAGCUCCUGAUGAUGCUAAAGCAAAUGAUGGAAAGCCUUCGUCCACCGCAAGUCAAGUUGUUGCAACAAAUGUAAACAGGCUUGCUAAACUUUCGAUGGAGUGUGAAGCCAAUGAUGUGGACUCUUUUGAUUAUUUGGAGAAGGCGAAGACAAAAUCUUUUUUAAUAAAGGCGAAGGCGGCUUUCUCCCUUUCAUUAGGCCUGUGUAGAGAGUCUGCUACUGCUUUAUCCGCACUGGUUGUAUCUAUGGUCUUUUCGACGUCAACGGGCUUCGUGGGAUCUACGAAUGAUCGGACAAAGUACACUAUUCAGAAAAGCUCUAAUUGGGGCAGUACGUCAAUUGACGACGAUAAAGAAACACAGGAAACGGGAUCUUUGCUUCCAUAGAGCUGCAGAAACAACGGUAAAGUCUAUUGCUUAGGGCCUGUUUGGAUGCACGCAUAUUUCGUUCAAUAUUUCUCUGUUCGUUUACUCUAGCAGAAUGUGGUAAUUGUUUGCUAGAGAGUAGAAAAGGAAUGCCUCUAAAUCAAUUUUCUCAGAAUAUGUAAAUCGCAUCAUAGGUGGGAACUACCAUACCAUCCUAAGAGGAUAGAAUGAGUAAGAUUGCAUCGAGAACACGUUAACCGGUGACAACUUGCUUCUGACAGGCUUUUGUAUCAUAGAAAAAUGUAAGUUUUAGUAAUCUAUGUCGAAUAAGUUUUACCACUGCACCAUUCAUAUUCUUUCUUGAGUUUCGUGAUCAGAUAAUAAAACAAAAGCAUCUAAGAGUAAAA